UCAACGACCAUAUAUUAAAAUACAAAAUGAAACCCCUUAUUUUCCGUUCCCAAAAAUUUGAACUCCAAAGAGUUCAAAUCCAACAUCAGAAAAAUCGAAAAGAUUUGAUACUAAAAACGUUACUGUCGGUUCUUCACCUCACAUCUCGAAUAAUUCCUCAACGUCUUCUGUCCGUUUGCUUCACUUCAAACAUUUCAUUUCUUCUAAAUAUUAUACAUUUAUUAAUUUGACAGUUUCUUGAAUUUGUAUGAGCUGAUUUUUUUCACCCUUUUGAAAAUGGGUUCAAAUUUCUUUGAUGGCAGGUGAAUUUAGGUGCUAUAUUGGCUAAAGUAAAAUGUCGCUGUUAAGUAGAUUUUUCUACAGGAGGCCCCCAGAUGGGUUGCUGGAACUUGAUGAUAGAGUAUACGUUUUUGAUUCUUGUUUUUCGACUGAAGUACUGCCUGAGGGAAUUUACCAGCUGUACUUGCACGAGAUCGUAAAUGAACUGCACGAAGAAUUUCCGGAUUCCUCUUUUCUUGCUUUCAAUUUCAGAGAAGGCGAGAAAAGGAGCCAGUUCGCGAAGAUUUUAUGCGAGUAUGAUGUAACUAUAAUGGAUUACCCGAGGCAAUAUGAAGGCUGUCCUGUACUGCCGUUGUCUUUGAUACAUCAUUUUCUAUGUAUCUGUGAGAGUUGGCUUUCCCUUCGAAAUAAUAACAAUGUAAUUUUGUUACACUGUGAGAGAGGUGGUUGGCCCCUUCUAGCCUUCAUUUUGGCCAGUUUCUUGAUUUUCAGAAAGUUUCAAAGUGGAGAGAGAAAAACUCUCGAGAUGGUUUAUCGUGAGGCACCUAAAGGUUUAUCACAAUUAUUGUCACCUUUGAACCCAUUCCCUUCUCAGCUUCGUUACCUGCAAUAUAUAUCAAGAAGAAAUAUAUCUCCCGAGUGGCCUCCUCCUGAACGAGCUCUUUCUUUGGAUUGCCUCAUUCUUCGUGCCAUUCCAAGAUUCGACAAUCAAAAAGGGUGUAGGCCAAUUGUGCGUAUUUUUGGCAGGAACCUUCUCAGCAAGGAUGGAUUGUCAACUCAUAUGUUGUACUCCACGCCAAAGAAAGGUAGAAGCCAUCGACAUUAUCGCCAGAAGGACAGUGAUGUCAUCAAGAUUGAUAUUCAGUGUUUGGUGCAAGGAGAUGUAGUUUUGGAGUGUGUCCAUUUAGACCUGGAUCCUGAAAGGGAAGUCAUGAUGUUCCGUAUAAUGUUUAACACAGCUUUUAUACGGUCCAACAUUUUGAUGUUGAACUGCGAUAACCUGGAUAUUCUAUGGGAUUCAAAGGCACGCUUUCCGAAAGGCUUUCGAGCUGAGGUUUUAUUUGGUGAUGUUGAGAGCAUAUCUCCUAUAAAAGCUCCCACUGCAGCUCUAAAUGGUGAGGAGACUGGUGGACUUCCUAUUGAAGCUUUUUCAAAGGUACAAGAACUUUUUAGUGGCGCUGAUUGGGUUGAUACUGGCGAUGAUGCUUCAUUGUGGUUGUUUAAGCAACUAUCGGUGCUGAAUGAUAUGAAAGAUUUGUCAAUUUUGCAAAGUAGGAUGAGCGGGUAUUCGUCCCCAUUUGAUUCUGAAGAAGAAAAUAAUGCAUCGAGUAUUGCUGACAGUUUGGACUUUCUGGACUCAGAGAAAGCUAGUAGUCUUACUUAUGCUAAUACAACAGAUGUCAAUUUUUCAGAUGAACAGGAUUCGGCUUCUGAUGGAACUUCUGACCCCAAGAUUUCUGAGGGUCAAAUGAAGCUUCCUAUGUCAGAUAUUGGUCCUGUUCAGUCUCUUUCUGAGAAUAACAGUCGAUUGGAUGCCGCCAUUGCUCCUGAACAUUCAAAGGGAGUUCGAGUUUGCGAUACAAGACCUUCCUCUUCUUCUCCGUUACCUUCACCACCCUCGUCACCUGCCUCUGUGAUUUCUAGUGUAAAAUUCCCUCAAUCAUCAGCAUCAUAUCCUCCUCCUCCACCACCACCUCUGCUUCCAGCAUUUGCAAGUUCUAAUAGAUCACCUCCACCUCCACCGCCGCCGCCACCACCACCUUCAAUUGGUAGUAACAGAGGACAUUCACCGCCAAGACAACCUACUUCUUCAACUUCUCCCGAUAGCUUUUCUAGAGGACCUCCGCCACCUCCACCACCUCCACCACCUCCUUUUAAGAGUGUUUUAUCAGCUCCACCACCUCCACCACUUCCUAAUAAAAGCUUUUUAUCCACUUCUGCUCCUCCAAAUCCACCUCCUGUCCCUACAUUUUCUACUUCUAGAAGUGCUCUGCUUCCACCUCCACCUCCACCUCCCCCUCCUCCUCCUCCUCCUCGUGGGCAAUCUAACUGUAACUUAUCAGCUCCUCCGCCACCUCCUCCUCCCCCUCCUUUUAUCUCUUCCAAGUGUCCCCCUUCACCUCCUCCACCACCGCCUCCCCCUCCACCUUCCGUGUCAUCUAAGUGUUCGCCCUUGUCUUGUGUAACUCCCCCGCCUCCCCCACCUCCCCCUUCUGCCUCUUCCAGAGGCCCUCCACCUCCAGCACCCCCUCCACCUCCACCUCGGCCAACUCCGUUGGCACCUCCACCGCCACCACCUCCACCACCAAGCAAUUCUAAAGGGCCACCUGCACCUCCUCCACCUCCUUUGGGAGUUCCUAGGCAAGGUCCCACUCCACCUGCACCUCCACCAGCACCAAAGGCUCCUAAUGCUCCACCACCUCCUAGGCGGGGUUUGACACCAGGUCCACCUCCACCGCCAGGUGGAAAGGGCCUUAAUGCGCCACCACCACCUCCAUCUGCUGGACGUGUAAGAGCCUCUGUAGGCUCAACUGCUCUAGGGAAAGGGCGAGGUGCAGGAGGUACUUCAAUUCCUCCUAAAAAAGCUUCAUUGAAGCCCUUACAUUGGUCGAAAGUUACACGGGCUAUGCAAGGGAGUUUAUGGGCUGAUACGCAAAAUAAGGAAAAUGCUUCCAGCGCACCUGAAAUUGAUAUUAAAGAGCUUGAAAAUUUGUUUUCGGUGGCUUCAGCUACUGAUGGAACUGGCAAAGGUGGAGGUCGGCGUGGUCCCAAAAUCAACAAACCAGAAAAAGUGCAAUUGAUUGAUUUGCGCAGGGCAUACAAUUGCGAAAUUAUGCUUACAAAAAUCAAGAUUCCACUGCCUGAUAUGCUUAAUGCUAUUUUGGCUUUGGAUUCGUCAGCUCUGGACAUUGAUCAGGUUGAAAAUCUGAUAAAAUUUUGCCCAACAAAAGAAGAAAUGGAGACACUGAGGAACUAUAAUGGGGACAAGGGAAUGCUUGGAAAGUGUGAGCAGUUUUUCCUGGAGCUGAUGAAGGUCCCACGAGUUGAGUCCAAGUUACGAGUGUUUUCAUUUACUAUCACUUUUUCUAAUCAGGUGAAGGACUUGAGAACUAACCUGAGUACAAUUAAUGCUGCUACUACAGAGGUGAAAGAAUCUGCCAAAUUACGUCAGAUAAUGCAGACCAUUCUAACAUUGGGAAAUGCACUGAAUCAGGGUACAGCACGAGGAUCUGCUGUAGGGUUCAAGUUGGACAGUCUUCUUAAGCUUUCUGACACUCGUGCUAAAAACAACAAAAUGACCUUGAUGCAUUAUCUGUGCAAGCUCCUUGCUGAGAAAAUGCCAGAGUUGCUUGAUUUCGACAAGGGUCUUCUUCACUUGGAAGCUGCUUCUAAGAUCCAACUGAAAUCUUUGGCUGAAGAAAUGCAAGCAGUGAGCAAAGGUCUUGAGAAAGUAGAACAAGAACUUACUGCAUCCGACAAUGAUGGUGCAAUAUCUUCAGGCUUUCAGAAGGUGUUGAAGAAUUUCCUUGGUACUGCUGAGGCUGAAGUCAAGUCUCUCACUACUCUUUAUAUUGAAGUGGGAAGGAGUGCAGACUCCCUAUCCCUAUAUUUUGGCGAGGAUCCAGCUCGAUGCCCCUUUGAGCAAGUGACACAGAUUUUGGUGGUCUUCAUGAAGAUGUUUAAAAAAUCACGUGAUGAGAACGUACAGCAAGCUGAUGCGGAGAGGAAGAAACUGGAGAAGGAAGCCUUGAAGGAACAAGCAGCUGCUAGUUCUUCCGGAAAGAAAGAAGUUGUCGAUGCUGAUAGAAUAAAACUGAAUUUUCGAAAUCAGUUACAUGCUGUGUGAUCAGUUCAAAUUAACCAAAGCUUAUAGUACUCCAUAAGCUGGCAGAAUAUAUGAAAAAACAGUUCAAAAUCGGGUUAAAAGAUUUACUUUCUUGAUGAUAGCAGCAGCCUUGGAAGGCUCUUCUCAUAUGUCACUGUACUUCAGUGUACAAUUUAAGUUUUAUAGUCAGUUAUAUAUGUACAUAAUUACCAUAGUUUUAUUGGCACCUUUUUUUGCCAUUUAGAAUCGCGCACAGUUGCCAUUGUUACUCCAAUUUUGUAUCCCCAAGUGGAAAAAUACUGAGACCUUAAGAUUCAAGGGGCUUUCCAAGUUGUGCAUAUUGAAGUUCCAUCUUGUACAAGAAAAAAUCAAGAAAAACUUAUCUGGAGUGGCA